AAAAAACCCGAGACGCUUUACUACCAGCAUUUUAAAUUGUCCUUAUUCCGAACCCUUUGGAGGGCGGAGAUUUUUUUUGAAGUCCUCAACUCAAUUAUUUGUUUUUAAAGGCCUCAACUCAAUUAUUUGUGCCGAGAUUUGGUCAGCCGAGUGAUCGGCAACCAUCUCGGCUGAAUCUAUUUUGCCGAGAAUCUCGAGAAACCAGUAUUCGACAGAUGUCAUUUCAUCCCGAGAAUCUCGGUACGCAUUUGACUGUGUUCUCGGCAAAUCUAACCGAGAGACGGCAAACUAGACUAACGACCUUUCGGUUAUACAAGCUGAAUGUUUCGGUACAGUCAAAAGGCGAUUUUUCAGCGGAAUCCAAUCGCAGAGAAUAAUUUCACUCAAAAUUCAGUAGCUUUCUUACAAAAGAUAAAUUAUAAGCUCGAUGAGAAAUUUGAAGAAAUUUAUCCCUUUUGAAUAUUGAAUGUUUACAGAAUACCCAAGUAACCAGUAAUCACCGUAAGCACUAAAUCAUUGCCCUAUAACAAUACUAUAUUUGAUUACCGAAUUCUGGAUAAGUGUUUAUUCUGACCUAAAUGCUUGUACACUAAGGUCGCUUUUUACGCGGUUUCCGGAAUUUACGCGGUUUUUUUACUUGCAUUCCGGAAUUUACGCGGUUGUUUUACGCGGCAUGAAUCCCCCGCGUAAAAAGCGACUUUAGUGUAUAUACAUAUCUGAAAUAAUGUUAAAAAGUCGGAAAGGCGAGCCAAUAAAGUACUGCAGAUGGCAACCCUUAAUAUGCAUCAUAAUUGCUUAUUGAAUAAUUUAGAAAUCAAGAAAUUUUCUGCUUUUAUAGUGCUGACAGCGUGCACAAAUUAAUUUGUGAGCCCAUGACAUGAGUUCAUUGCCAUUCACUGUUACAUAUACGAAUAAUUUUACAGAAUGAGUAUUGAUUAGAUAGGAACAGGUUAAUGGGACACACCAGUGAGCGCAACUGUUUGUGUAUUGCCCUCUAUCUAGCUUUCCACGAACAUUAAUGGCGGACAGGACACGCAGCUCAUUUUGACGUUUUCUGUAGGUCGGGUAUUUUUGAACCGCAGUAACUGAGUGAAAACCAUAAAAAUUUUGCAACGUAGCAUAGCAACUUUCAUGAACAGUUUUGCUUAUUUUGAUCCGCGCAUGCGCACCACGAAAUUUAAAUAACAAAACGCCCAUUGUUUGUUGAAGUUGCUAUGCUACGUUCCGACGUUGUUAUAUUUUCUACUCCUUUACUGCGACUGAAAAUUCCUUUACUACAGAAAACGUCAAAAACCCCAUCCAAAUCUGCUCUAGAUGUCGUUGCAUGGCUAUGAGUAUUGAAGUGGUUCAUCGUCACAUGGAAAUGUUGAACAUGAUAGCAAAAAGCCAAAACGAAAUUUGAUUGGUUCCAUUAUCAUCUCACGGCAGGUAUUUCAAGAGAACUUCGAAAAUUUUAGAGAAUGGGCAGCACCACUUUAAUCAAAAGUUUUUUUUUGUUUAUUUUAAUCAAUUAAAUUUAUAAAAUCCUCAACCAGUGCUAUUUUGAAAUGUAUGUGUUGAAACUCUCGGAUGAAACGUCUCGAUUUAUAUCAGUGCUCAUAUAAAUGAUAUUUUCGGUUUUCGAGCAGUUGCGUACAUUUUCCAAAAAUAUCUGGCAUCUCUGCGUAAAAUCAAGCAUGUCAAAAUUUCAACACUAAAAAUGUAAACAAAAAAUACGUGAUCAAAAGUUUCGCCUUACGGUGUUCGCAAGUAGUAACAAGUUUUUUUUUUCCUUUUAAGUGAGUCUAUACUAGAACGAUUCAGCUGAGGAGAUUGCUAUCAAGGAUGUGCAGCAUAGGCGAGGAAGACUUCGGAGAUGAGGGCGCUCCGCACUUGAUGCGAGAGGACUCACCAAUGACUAGUACUUUGGCUGAAGGAGAAAUGUGCCGAAAGUGUCAACAAAAACCGGCUGUUUUGAAGCUGAUGAUCAAGGAGCCACAGUGCCAAAACUGUUUUCUACACUACGUUCGUCAUAAGUUCCGGGCAUCUCUUGGUUCAACGAAAAUAGUCCGUCGAGGAUCAAAAAUCCUAGUUGUGUUUGACGGGUCUCCGGAGAACGUUACUAUGUUGGAUAUGAUCCAGCAUGGAAUCGAACAGGAAUCGUUCAAAAAGCUCAGAAUCGAUCCUGUUUUACUGCUCGUAAGUGAGGAUUUCCUGUUUGGAAAUAAGGAUGCUUGGGUAAAGAAGACAGAGGAGAAAAUAAAUUUAAUGAAACAGUUUAAUUAUCCCUCAUAUAUCGCAAUGCUUGGGGGACAACAUUGCUGUUCAACUGGAGAUGAAGGACUAGACGAUUCUUUUCAAGUCGACCAAGACAAAAUAAUUGCUGUUUUGAAUAAUAUUAGGAGUACAACGGCAAAACAAGAUUUUAUCGUACAAAUUAGAAGGCAUACUUACAAUGUUAUGGCUAAAAAGCUAGAGUGCCAAUAUGUCUUUUUAUCAGAUAUCGGAGUCAGUCUCGCUAAAACUCUGCUCUUAAACGUGGCACUUGGCAGAGGACGAUCUGUGGCUUUAGAUGUCGCUUUUUGCGACGAUAGAGAAGAGAUAAAAAUUAUCCGUCCGAUGCGAGAUAUAAACCCGGAUGAAAUUAGGAACUAUAUUGCUUUUUCAGAAAAGCCACUACAAAUUUUGGAUACAGAAGUGCCUUUUAAAGAGAAGGCAAGUUUACAGAAUUUGACUUCCAAAUUUGUGGAUGAUUUGCAGAAAACCUUUCCAUCUACAGUUUCUACAGUGUUUCGAACAGGCGAUAAAUUAGCAGUACCACAAAACUUGGCUGCUAAUACAAGUGAUUCGGAAAUCGAGGAUGUUCUUAGACUUUUUGAUAAAACUUUGAAGGUUGGCGAAGUCACUAUAACGCCUUUGAGGUGCAAACUUUGUCACGCUGAACUAGAUUUUCACAAUUCAGACACACUCUUUGCAACCGAAUUUUCAAGAACCGUAUCAUCUCGUAUCAAUGUAAAUCUAAGCCACGAGGAAAUUCUAGAAAGUACACGUUCAAUGGAACUAGACGCAACGAAAGCUGUUACCGGGGAGCUGGACCAAGAAGACAGAGUCGGUCCACUGAAAAAGGAGCUCUGUCAUAGUUGCAGAAAUAUUUUUUUAGAAUUAACGUAAUAAUUAGAACAAAUCAUUAAACUAUAUAAAAUUUA